AUGGCCGUCAAGCCUCAAGCGGUUUUUAAUAGUUUGCUCAAAUUUAAAAAAAGCAUGGCUGCACUCGGUGAAGACAUCAAAUUUCUCAAACUAUGCUUGAAGUAUGGUGUCACGCCUAAGUCCCAUGUGGUUAGUAUUAAGUCAGGUUUAAGUUUACCCUCUAAUCUUACUAAAUCAAUAGAAGAAACCUUAAUUAGGACUAGUGUUAAAAAGCUUCAUGCAAAAUUAGCCUCUACCACACUGAAGGCAUAUAAUGCGCACUUGCAAUUAGCAGCAACAGAAAACUGUGCGGAAUCUACUUUCUUCAAAAUUCAGCGGGGUUACGAAUGUGAAAAGGAACGCAAGCGGACUUUGCUAAGGAAAAAGCUCAGCCUAUUGAUAAAAAACUCCCCGCACACUAGUCAUGAAAAACCAACGGUAAGUACUAUUCCUAAUCAAGUUAUUAACAAAUCCUCUACUAGUUUCAACAAGGAUGAAAUGGAUCUCCUAAACAAGGGUUGGAACUACGCGGUAAAAACCGACCUGCCAGUUGAGCACACUGUAGUAGAUGUAGAAGGAACUAUAAAAUUCAUGGGCAAUAAAGCAAAGGAGGAUAUCCGGCAUGAAAUGUCAAAAGCCAUGGCUCACCAGAACAGGAUUGGGAAGUCUGCUAACCAGCGUGAAAUCAAGAUCGUACGAGAACUGAAGAAGAAGCCGGUAUAUUACUUAAAAGCGGAUAAGGGCAACAUGAUCGUAAUUAUGGACAAGCAACAUUACGAUAACCUUGUUAUGGAAAAGUUGACUGGUGGAAACUAUUUCGAACUAAGGAAUGACCCGCUACCAGGCUCUAUAAAAAGAGUAGAGAAGGCCCUCAAAGAAUGCUCUCUAGUGGUUGGUAAUCCCACCAGGCUGCGGAUGCCAAACCCCUCGUUACCUAAAAUUAGAUGCCAACCAAAAAUUCAUAAACCAGGCAAUGAGAUGAGGGAGAUCAUUGCAGAUUCAAACUCUCCUACGUACAACAUCGCUAAAUGGUUGGUCGAUGAAUGCCAAAAAUUGGGAUCCAUUAACGGAAACCAAUCCGUAAAAAACUCGAAAGAAUUGGUUGAUAGAUUGAGUGCAGUGGGGGCUUUGGCGGAUAAUGAACGACUAGUGUCAUUUGACGUCAAAGCUCUAUUCCCAAGCACGCAUGAAAAAGAAGCCAUAACAAAAUUUGAAGAGUGGCUACUACGGUUUGGCUCGACCCCAGAAUGGAGGAAAAAGGCUAAACAAUAUGCGAGGUUGGCUUCCCUCUGCAUGACUGAGAACUAUUUCACAUUCAGGGUCAAUAAAAUUAGAGAAAACCAGGCCAAAUUCAAUAAGGAGGACGAAUCUGUUUCCUUUGAGGACAAAAUAGAGUUAAAGGAGGGUGAGGUUACAUGUCCUGUAACAUGCGUCACUCCACUUUACACAAAGACCACAUGCCCAUAA